CUGAUGGAUGCUCACAUCGCAUACAAGACCUUCGGAGACCCCGACUCCCCCGCAAUUGUCUACCCGACUUGGUUUUCGGGGUUGCUCUCUGACAAUUACUGGUUGAUUGGGGAAGAUAAGACGCUCAACCCCAAAAAGUACUUCAUCAUCGUCCCCGCGCUGUUCGGGAACGGCCAAUCCACCUCGCCUUCGAACUAUUCCCAGCCCGGGGUCUUUCCGAAAUGCUCGUUCUACGACAACGUUCGUGCUCAGCAUGAGCUGGUGGCGCAGCAUCUCGGCAUUAAGCAUGUACGGGCGGUGACCGGGUGGUCGAUGGGUGCAGGCCAAACCUUCCAGUGGGCGACUCAGUACCCCGAUUUCAUGGAUUUGGCGGUGCCGUUCUGUGGAUCGGCGAAGACUUCUCUGCAUAAUCAGGUGUUUUUGGAGGGCGUGAAGACUGCGUUGCUGGCGGCAAAACAUAUCCCGUCCGCUGGGUCGGGGGCUGGUGGCUUGCUGGGAGCCGAGCAGUCUUUGAAGGCGUGGAGUGAUAGAGAGAAGGACGUUGGUUUGAAGGCUUUCGGCCGGGGUUAUGCGGGCUGGGGAUUCUCGCAAGCCUUUUACCGCGAAAAGUUGUAUGAGACCGCGCUGGGGUUCAAGGACCUGGAGGACUUUAUGCAGAACUUCUGGGAGAGCUGGGCGCUUUCCAAAGACCCGGACAACCUCCUCGUGAUGCUGCAGACAUGGCAGAAUGGCGAUGUGUCCCAGCAGGCGCCGUACGACGGCAAUUUCGAGAAAGCGCUGGGCUCCAUCAAGGCGAAGACCCUGGUGCUGCCCAGCAAGACGGACCUUUAUUUCCCUCCCGAGGACUCGGAGUAUGAAGUGUCCUACAUGCAGCGGGAGAUCGGAACUCUGAAGGUCUUCCCUUCAAUAUGGGGACAUUGGGCGGGUGGUCCCGGUCAAAGCAAAGACGAUGUGAAAUGGCUUGAUGAACAGCUGGCGGAGUUCUUUGAGAAAAAUUGAGGGAUUUGGUGUAGUGGAUUUCCCCGCAGAUAAGCUGGCAGCAAUGUGUUUAGCAUUCACCAUAAGAGCAAGAGCUGUGACGAUCGGUAGCUAGCCCG